UGCAAAAUAGCGAACAGUAAACAAUAGGUUUCGAAGGUUGGCGGCAGUGUCGGAAAAUGGAAGUGCCAAACAGGUGUUUUUCAAAACGGAGGACACGAAAUGUGCCAGACAUGAUGGCAUAAAAAGAAGGGGAAAUAAACAGCUUUUAGUUCUCACGUCCCGCAGUAGCCGUGAGGAAGAGUCGGCUUUCAGUUUGUGAAUCUGUGUUUAGUGUUUUGGCAGGUCGGCUUGAGUGAAAGUGCCCCUGUGAAGAAGCAUGCUGCAAAUGCGGGGCCCCAGUUGAGUGAAGUGCAGUGAAGCGCCCCAACUUCACAUCGGAAAAUGCCUCACCAGUACGGUUUGCCUGGCAUAGCCCAUGCCCAAUCGCCUCCAACUCCUCCACCCCAACACGCUGCCAUGUACUCCCGGUUUGCUGGGGCCGUAGUCCCGGGGGGCUACCGAGGAGAAGACCGGCGACUCACUCGGGAGGCCAUGGAGAAGUAUCUUCGCGAAAGGUCUGAUAUGGUGAUCGUGAUCCUUCACGCCAAAGUGGCUCAGAAAUCCUACGGCAAUGAAAAGAGGUUCUUCUGUCCUCCUCCGUGCAUUUACCUGUUUGGAGACGGCUGGAGGCUGCGACAGGAGCAAAUGCUCAGAGAGGGCGAAUCGGAAACCAACUCGCAACUGUGUGCAUUCAUUGGCAUUGGAAACUCCGAUCAGGACAUGCAGCAACUGGAUCUGAACAAUGGCAAGCAGUACUGUGCAGCAAAGACUCUUUACAUUUCCGACUCGGACAAGAGAAAACACUUUAUGUUGUCAGUGAAAAUGUUUUACGGUUCCGGGCACGAUAUUGGGGUGUUUCAGAGCAAGCGGAUCAAAGUGAUAUCGAAACCCUCGAAAAAGAAACAGAGCCUCAAGAAUGCAGAUCUUUGUAUAGCGAGCGGCACCAAAGUGGCUCUGUUCAAUCGGCUGCGAUCCCAAACAGUUUCCACCAGGUAUUUGCAUGUGGAAAAUGGACAUUUCCAUGCCAGUUCCACUCAAUGGGGCGCGUUCACCAUCCAUUUACUGGAUGACAACGAGUCGGAGAGCGAAGAAUUCCAAGUUCGAGAUGGUUAUAUUCAUUAUGGGGCCACUGUCAAGCUUGUUUGUUCUGUUACAGGCAUGGCACUACCCAGACUGAUCAUUAGGAAGGUAGAUAAGCAGCAAGCGCUUCUAGAAGCAGACGAUCCAGUAUCUCAACUCCACAAAUGUGCCUUCUACAUGAAAGACACUGAAAGAAUGUACUUGUGCUUGUCCCAAGAGCGAAUAAUCCAGUUCCAAGCCACUCCAUGUCCGAAAGAGCUCAAUAAGGAGAUGAUCAACGAUGGCGCCUGCUGGACUAUUAUUUCUACGGACAAGGCGGAGUACCAGUUUUAUGAGGGCAUGGGCCCUGUGAGAUCACCAGUUACACCCGUUCCCAUAGUGCACAGUCUUUUGUUGAAUGGCGGAGGUGAGGUGGCCAUGCUUGAACUCACCGGGGAUAAUUUUUCGCCCUCACUCCAAGUCUGGUUCGGGGAUGUCGAGGCUGAAACCAUGUACCGGUGUCAAGAAAGUAUGCUUUGUGUGGUUCCGGAUAUUUCCCAGUUUCGAGGCGAAUGGCUAUGGGUUCGUCAGCCAACUCAAGUUCCAGUUUCCCUUGUUCGUACUGAUGGAAUAAUUUACGCAACCGGUUUAACUUUCACGUAUACACCGGAACCGGGCCCCAGACCAAACUGCGUCCCUGCCGACGACAUUAUGAGGCAAACGCAAAGGAGCUCAGUAGUAGCUCAGGCUCAGAACCAGCCGCCUGCCAUUACUGAGUCCACUUGGAGUAUGCACUAGUGCAAGCGCUCAGGUAAUCUUCUAUCUAGAGUUUAUUUUAUGCAAUAAGGGCGAUUGCAGCGAUAUUGACGUAUGAUUUUCGAUCAAAUUCGAAGGGAACACCAAAGAUGUGUGAUUAAUGUAAUCGCCUACCCUAAAUAUAUUAGUUAAACAUUGUGGAGGCGUUGCAGUGGCUCAGAGGUCGAUUAACCAAGAAAAGUAAGUUUUCCCGUUAAAAAAAACUUGUGUUUUCGGUUAUCAUUGACUUCUGAGCCACCACCAUAAGCCACUAAGCAAUUUCAGUAUAUCGCUUGGGUAUAAAUAGACCAGUAUGGAUUUCGUAAAUCCAAUUCUCGACCUUUACUUUACUUUACCCUCUUUAAGCAUUAAAAAGUGCAAUUAGUGACACUUGAUCAAAUGAAUGAUAUUAUUUGUGUUUGAGUGCUGUUUUGUUUUGUCCCAUUGAUAGGAAUUCUAUAAUUUGUAUUUUUGCUCAGCAUUGUUUCUCAAAAGACAAAAAACGAUUGCAUUUACAAGUAUUUUAAAGUAGGUGGCAGAGCUGGCGUAAAAGUGCUGUUUAUCAGUCAAACUGCGUUUGAAAAAUGGAUUUGAAGAAAGAUUCGAAUCCGUAAACCGGGGACAGUUUUUCAUCCAGCUCUGUGUGCUAGGUUGUAAAAAGUCGAUUAUUUUUUCAGUGAAAAUGCAAAGAGACAUUUGAAUAUUGUGCAAAUAGACAUUUCAAUAUAUAAUUUAUUUAUUUGAUA